AUGGCCGGGGCGUGGGAGAGAAGCCGGGCCCGGACGCGUCCCGCUCGGCGUUCGGGCAGCCGCGGCGGAGGCCUUUCCGGGGACUCUCAGCCCACGCAUGCGCGAGCCCGCCUCUGCGCACGCGUGACGGGCCGCGCCGCGCUUCUCGGCCGCGCCGCUAGAAGGAAGGGCUCCGGAGUUAAGGUUGCUGGAGGCUUACCUGUGCUCAGGCAGUAUAGCAGGCGUGGCCUGCACAAUGGGAAGUCCUCCAACUGCUCUGUAUCCCUGGACAGAAUGCCCUCUGAAGUUUUGCUGAAUAUAUUUUCCUACUUGGAUGUUGUGAGCUUGCUGUGCACUGGAUGUGUGAGCAGACGCUUUUAUCAGCUGGCCAGUGACAAUUUAAUUUGGAUCAAAAUCUACUCAGCUACAUUCCCAUCAAAAAGAUCAUAUUGGAAAAUUGCUUCAGUGGACGAGACAGCUGCAUCUGUGAGCUCCCUCUCAGUUGAGGAAAAAGAAGUUGGAUACUGGAAGAGAGAGUACAUUACAAAGCAAAUCUCCUUUGUGAAAGCAAGACUAGCCCACAUUCUCAAACCUGUCAACCCCUACACAGGCCUUCCUGUGAAGACCAAAGAGGCCCUCAGAAUCUCUGGCUUAGGUUGGACACUUAUAUUAAGAGAAAAAAGUGGGAAAGAGCACAUCGUUCCGCAUGCUGAUCUUUCCUUAAAUGACACGUCUGUCACUGUUGUAUGGUAUCGCACAGAUUGGCCGCAUCUAGACACAUUGUCCACCCUGGAUCUGUGUGGAGUGACACCAGUUUUUAUGGACCAGUAUAAAGCCCCUGACCCAAAUGGACCACGAUGGCUGUCUUUAAUUGCAAAGUAUGAGCUGACUCAUUUAAGCAAGACUACCAUGAUUGGCUGGGACAGACUUGUUCGGAUAUUCUGUCUAAAUCCUGGCCUCCUGGUGGGGCUGUGGCAGAAGGAGGACGGACUGGCUUUUGUCAUGGCAACUCUUCAUUUCCAUCACCUUGUGGAGAAGAGCACACUAGGCUCCGCCACUCUGUAUGUAUCUGGUCCCUAUAUGCUGCCUCCUCACAGUCCAUUUGUGGAUGACAGCCCAGAGUACGGACUGCAAGGCUAUCAGCUCCACAUUGACAUGCAUGGCGGUGGGAUCUUCUACCUGUGUAGUACAUUUCGCAAUCUCUUCUCCAGGAAAGAGGGAAGAACCAGGGGACAAUCACAAUCAAAUCAAAGCAAAGCCAACUUCAACAGUGUGAAAAAGUUCAGUGCUCUGUGUCUGGACCCGUGGUUGAUCAUCUCAGCUGCAAAGGUCUGGAGCAGCUCUGGCUCAGGCGCUGAAGCCCAUAGCCCACAGCACUUGUCUUGUGGGUUCAGGCUAGCUCUCUCCACAGCUGCUGCUGUCCCUGGCCGUCAUCCUGUGGUUCUGGCGUUUCCAGCAUGCUAGGCUCUUUACUGAAACUAAAGCUGCAUUUUCAUCAAUGUCCUAUCCCAGCCUCUCUUCAGGGACUCCAACCUUGCCUUCUAUUGCUGAGCCUCAGUUGCUCUCCAGGACCCCUUCAUGCCUUUAAACCAGCACCACCUGAGUGAUUCUGACACGUUUCCAAGUGUCACUGCUCAUGGGAGAUGCAGGCCUGGCUGCCAUGGGACACAGUGCCUCUGUGCUGACCCUGAGGAAGCACGUCCAGGAGAGUUGCCUCAGUGAUGCUGAACUCUUCUUCAUCUGCCUGAUUUUCAGCCUCGGCUAAGCAAUAUCACUUGUCCCAUUCAAACAAAUGCUUUACUUCAGUGGUGCUGCUCUUUUGUUUAUCACAGCUGAUUUCUUCAGUGGCCCUGUCCAGAGCCCCAGGUUCUUAAGUGAAAAGAUCAUACCAGUGGCCCUGACUUUGCUUCCCGGGCCUGUGUCGUCUUCAUCUCUUUCAUCAUUCCUGUCUUCCAAACUCCUUCUGUAUAUCAGUCAUCAAUCGGGAAUAUGCCCGUCAGGCUUGCCAGUAUGAUGGGGCAUUUUCUCAACUGAAGUUCCUCUUCUCAUGUUUAAUUGACAAAAAACAAAUAACCUGCCCCCUCAAAAUAAUAAAAUUAGCCAACACAGGUGGCU